AUGGCUCCGCAGCUAUCUAGGAUAUGGUCUGAUGUCGUCACCUCCCACAGCUCUCUGUUAUUAGAACUCACGGGAGCUCUCAUAGUACAAAUAUUCUACUUCUGGGUUCCGAGUCUCUUGUACCUGUCCCUUGAGUGGAUAUUCCCAGCCUUUUCAGCUGCGCACAAGAUACAGCCUACGCAGCCCCCACCAACGGCCACUGAGACAAAACACUGCAUAGCGAUAGUACUCAAGAACCAAGCAAUUGGCGUCCUCGUGCACGCAGCACUUAUCACGCUAUUCCCUCCAUCACCAAUAUCCAGGCAGCUCCCCACUUUCAAAAGGUUCGCAUCCGAUGUCCUCUUAUCCGUCAUAGUCUGCGAGAUCAUUUUCUUCUACGCCCACCGUCUUCUCCACACACGCAAGUUCUACGCCUACAUUCACCGCAAGCACCAUGCUUUCACAGCGCCGAUAGCGCUCGCAGCGCAAUAUGCGCAUCCAGCGGAGUUUGUGGUGUCGAAUUUGCUGCCGCUGCAUCUGCCUCGGAUGUUAGUGCUCAGGGAUUGCCAUAUCUUGAGCUUCUGGGCGUUCUGUGCGAUGGUGGCGCUCGAGAGCUGUUCGGUACACUCGGGCUAUGCUAUUUGGAGUAUGGAGGGGCUGGCUAGGAGGCAUGAUUGGCAUCAUGAGAAGGUGGUGGUUAACUUUGGUACGUUUAAGUUGCUGGAUUGGAUCCAUGGGACGGAUGGAGGGGUGGGUGGGGAUAGGACUAGAAGAAGAGGGAAUAGAAGGAAGCUUGUGGAAUAG